AUGUCGACAACAACAUACAUUGCGAAACAACGUACAUUUAUUAUUCCAGAAAAUAAUGUUACUUUUCAAACUCUUACAGAUCUGUUCUUCAUUGACAAAAAGUAUCGAUCAUGUUCCAAUCUAGACAUAGUUAUUCGUCAGCUUAACUUCGAUUUCUAUCAUGAUCUUCUUCCUAUUAUUGCUCAAUGGGCAUCGAACCAUACUCAAUCGAAUCCAAUUAAACCUCUUCAAGCAAAUAUUACUGCUCGUGUCACUUAUACAUCUGCUCAAGCUCGUUAUAUUCUUGCAAAUGCCUUUUUUCUAAAUACAAUCAAAGGAUAUGGAAGUAUUGAUUUAAUCGAUCUAUAUCAUGUACCAUUUGAUCGAGUGGCUAUCGAACGAAUACGAUGUUUGAUUGAAUAUUUUCGUCUUUCAUCACAACAGCAACAACAACAACAACAUAACAAUGAUCAUCGAGAGAUUUCAAUCGAAAGAUAUUCGUAUGCUGAAGAAUUACCUGAUUGGAAAAAACAAUUAGUUCCAAUUCAAGAAUCUAAAAUAAAUGUGUUUGCAGAACGAAUGGAAGCAUCCGAAGAAGCACAUGGCUUUGUUGAUUUUGCCAAUAAACACAUUCACAUUCAUUCGAUCAGUCCAUCAGCGACACAAGAAGAAAUUCUAUUUAGCUGCUGUCCUGAAGCAUAUUUGGCUAUUCUGGUAUGUGAUACAUUAAGAUCCGAUGAAGUAGUCAUUCUUCGUGGAUGUAAACGAUUUGUUGACUAUCGUGGCUACGGCGAAACAUUUCAAUUUGUCGGUCCUUAUCCAAAUCAAGAUCCAAUACACGUUCAAGAUAUUCUUGUUAUGGAUGCUUGUUUGUCAAAUCAUUUUAGCCGGCGUCACAUUGAUCGUGAUUUAGGAAAAGCAUGGGCUGCCUUUGCCAAGACUGGACAUGAGAUAAUUGUCACUGGCAAUUGGGGAUGUGGUGUGUUUGGUGGAGAUCCCAUAUUUAAGUUUCUUCAACAAGUAUGCGCUGCAAGUAUACUUGUUGAUAUUGUUAAAAGAUUGGACUAUUCGACAUAUGGUGAUGAUAGAUUGAUGUCCAAAUUGAAAGACUUAAUGAAACAACUGGACAAGAAGAAAAAGACAGUAGCAGAUGUCUAUCAAAUGAUGGUCAAAUAUAGUGAAAAUGAGAUUAUGUGCUCUUCAAGACCAGUUUUUAGUUAUUAUGUCAAUGAAUGGCUGAAUGCUAUGUGA